CAGAUAUGUUGUAUUUACUCUUUAUUUUAGAUCACCCCACACUUAACUGUACAAGCAGUGCGCACCAACUGACAUCCAGAGAAGAUUUGCUGCAGCUGGUCUCCCUCCAGAAAGCGUCUGGCAGCUGGCUGCUGGAUCCAGCUCUGGCUGCUGCACUGGGAAAGACCAGCAAGGAGGUUAAGAACACAAAACCGUCAGCAGUGAAACAUGGAGUGUGGGCCACCAUUCUGGCUCUGAUCUGGCUCCAUGGUUUCAAGAUGGAUGCCCAGGAGGAGUGGAAGCUUCUGGUUAUGAAGGCUGUGUCAUGGCUCCAUGCCCAGAAUGGUGUGCCAGAGUGUGUGGAAGCUUGAAAUGCUCAGCUAGGUUACAGUGUGCAGA